AUGGCGGACAGCAUUGUAUCUCGAGUGUUUCAAGAACUAGAAAGAAUAGUCCAGGGCGCCUUGGUUCGUGUUGGUUUAAAUGAAGAGAAAAACCAUGUAAAACUUAUAAAGAAAACACGACACUUGAAGUCUGGUGAUGUUUUUAUCCCAACGGGAAUCUUGAGACUCAACGAUGCAAAGAAAACAGAGAUUCUGGAGUUUUUGGAGCAGUCCUCAGAAAAAUUAAAAGAGAAGUUUAUAAAGAAAGUUUUUGCUGACAAAUUCAGUAUUCUGACAUUUCACUUGGACAGAGUUCAGUUUUGUAGAGCUGUGUUUAAGGAGGUACAAGAUCUUGCUGGUAAAUAUGGCCACACUAAAAAGAAAAUAAACACUUCAGUUUAUAUAAACGCUGUCAAUAAAGAGGGCGCAGAUGGUAAAAACUCACUGACAGAUCUCCGCCUGGAAGUGACCAGAUGCCACGUGCAACAGUUACUUGCUGCCAAUGGAUAUUUAGUAUCCCAGACAGUACACAAUGACAGUAAUUUAGUUUUAGGUACAACAAAGGUAAUAAGUACAGAAAACACAUGUGAAGAAACUGUGAGAUUACAGACAUCAGAAUUAGAGAGGCGCUUCAUGGAAAAGGCAAGACUCCUGGCUUUAUCAAGCCUUACAGAUGAACAGCAGCAGAAGCGACAUGUUCACGGUGAAGCUAGUGCAUCGGUUACUGGCUGCACCGUUAGGGAUGGUGAUACAGAGAGCACUGUGAUACUAGAUGUGGAACAGAUGAGUCUGAACAAUCAGCAGGUUACUGAGGGUGAAGGUUUGGUCGGAAACAUUGGUACAGUUACAGUUGUUCGUGAUGGGAAACCAACAUAUAUUUUGAAGGAAGCCAUCAGAUUGGCAGAAUUCCUGGAGAAUAAACAAUGUUGUUACUGCGUGCAUGUGGUCCCACAGAACCAAGUUUUUACACAGCAGCAAAUACUUUUGACACUAGCAGCCCUCUCUGAUCAACAGUAUCAACAGAGUCUGCUAGUUGUAGGGCCAGUUGUAGCCAAACAUGCAGAAACAGCAGAUUCCAAAUUGUGUAUAGAAACAGCUGAUGCUUUUUAUGAGAGGAGACUUCAGCAAAUGAAAGAUGCUUCAGAGAUUAGAAAUGGCUGUGAAAGUUCGGACCACAGACAGAUUGAGCUGCUUACAUCUGCCAGUAUAAAACUGGAUCUCCUAGCAAAUACUUGCCACAAUUCACUUCACCUUGAUGCAAGCAGUACAGACUGUGGAGCUGAGAGUCGCAUGGGAGCUUUUGUGCUGUACAAUGUUGCUAGACUAGCCACUCUGAUGUCACGCUUUAACCAGUCUGUACAGAAAGGCAUAUAUCCACCUUUACCACCAUUGGAGGACAUAGAUUUAAACUUACUGAGAGAAGAAGAAGACUGGGAACUAGUAUACCUGUAUGUAGCGGCAUUUCCUGAUGUGUUGCGACAGUCGGUGGAGGAAGUGUUUCCAAAGGAUGGAAAAUAUCUGGCUAAAAUCCACACUCACAAAGUGACCAGUUUUAUUAUUGCCUUAACCAAAUGUGUGAGUGCACACUACAGUAGAUACCAUGUUCUUACUGGAGGAGAGUCACACCUGCUGCCUCUGAUGUAUGCCAGAUUGUACCUUUUGAAAUCAGUUCACCAGGUUUCACUCAACAGUUUGCAGCUUGUUGGUGUGGAAGCUCUUUCAUUCUUAUAG